CAGCGUAACAGUAAAUCGCCUAUGUCACCGCCGUCGGCAAACGCCGACGUCCUCCGUGAAGUCGACCCAAGGAUCUGGCGCGCUUGUGCAGGCGCCUCUGUUCAGAUCCCCACCCUCUACUCUAGGGUUUACUACUUCCCGCAAGGACAUGUCGAGCACUGCUGCGCAUCAUCGGUCAUCUCUUCUUUCCCUUCCUCUACCUCUCCAGUUCCCUGUAUCGUCUCCUCCAUCGAGUUGCUCGCCGAUCCGAUCACCGACGAGGUCUUCGCACACCUCUUCCUCCAACCGAUUGCUCCCGACCAGUUUAUGCCCCCUAAUUUCUCCAGAUUCGGGAGAUACGAGAGUGAGGAUGAGGAGAACAAGGUGGUUACAUUCGCCAAGAUUCUCACGCCGUCUGAUGCUAACAAUGGCGGCGGAUUCUCCGUCCCUCGUUACUGUGCCGACUCAGUCUUCCCUUCCCUCGAUUUCCAGGCGGAUCCUCCGGUCCAGAAGCUCUUCAUCACCGAUAUACACGGCGUCCUCUGGGAUUUCCGCCAUAUCUACCGAGGUACACCGAGGCGCCACCUAUUAACAACCGGCUGGAGCAAGUUCGUCAACAGCAAGAAACUUAUCGCUGGAGAUUCCGUCGUUUUUAUGAGGAAAUCACCAGACGCGUUGUUUAUUGGUGUGAGGCGAGCUCCUAUCUCAAACAGCGGCGGAACAAGCUUCUACGGCGGCGCCGGCGCCGGCGCCGGCGGGGAUGAGUUCUCCAGUUACUACCAGAGCAGCGUAGUCGCAGCUAAGGAUGAGGAUCCGAGUGUGAAGAAGGGAUUUAGGAGGACUGGGAGAGGGAAGCUGACGACUGAAGCCGUCGCGGAGGCGAUUAACAAAGCUGCACAAGGUCUCCCGUUCGAGGUAGUCUAUUAUCCUACUGCUGGAUGGUCCGAUUUCGUGGUGAGGGCAGAAGAUGUUGAAGCCUCCAUGGCCAUUUUUUGGACUCCUGGUACAAGAGUGAAGAUGGCCAUGGAGACCGAGGACUCUUCCCGGAUCACCUGGUUUCAGGGCAUCGUCUCCUCCACGUUUCAGGAAACCGGUCCGUGGCGUGGUUCUCCAUGGAAACAACUUCAGAUCACAUGGGAUGAACCUGAGAUUCUGCAAAACGUGAAGAGGGUGAAUCCUUGGCAAGUGGAAAUUGUUGCAAACUCAAGCCAACUUCAUGCCGCUUUCCCUCCAACGAAGAGGUUGAAGUUUCCCCAUAGCGCAGGUGGGUUAUUGAGUGGAGAAGAAGGAGAUCACUUGUACUCCCAAAGAGGACUGUUGUCCAGUGUGGCACCAGCUGGGGAUCCAAGUCCCUAUAUGUUCCCGUAUACUACAUUUCCUGCUGGCAUGCAGGGAGCCAGGCAUUAUGAAUUUGGGUCUUUCAAUCCAACCGGAUUCAUUGGAGAAAAUCCUCCCCAGUUAUGCAACAAUAACUUCUUUAGUCCGCUUCCUGGGUUGGGAAAAGUUUCGACUGAGAUGAAUUUUGGCAGUCCGCCAUCAGAAGACUUAUCGCCUAAUAGCAAUACCACUAAUCUUUCCUCUGGAAAUGACCCAGUUGGGAACCGAGGCCCCACUUCAGCAAGAACUAACUCGUUUCAGCUGUUUGGCAAGAUCAUUAACGUGCAGGAGCCUUCCGAGAGUGGUCUUGCUGAGUCUGGCUUGUACGAAGAGGAUGGCAGCAAGGAGUCCAGUGACAAUGAAGUUCUGAAUGAGACACAAUUGUCCUUGACGCAUGGUCCUCAAGGCAUGUGAAGAAAGCCCAGGUGCCUAAAGAUUCCAAAAAGCUGCAGUGCAGAGGUUUUAGAGUGAAUGGAUCUUGCUUGCUGGAAUCUCCCAAAGUCGUUUGAGUUACUAGUACUAAUAUAAGUAUCUGCAUUGACUUUCUCCUGGUUUUUUUUUCUUUGCCACGUGCAAAUCUCUUUCUUUCACCAACUUUCUCAGACACAUUUUGAUGAACAUCUCGCUCUCUACUCUAAUCGUUUACUAUUUUACCGCGGGGGUAAUGUCUAUCGGAUUUUUUUUUUUUAACAUUGAAAUCAUUUUUAAUC